AUGAGCUCGUCGCAAGUUCCGACAAGUCCACCUAACGAAGAGGAUUCUGCAAGGACCAUAGUCUACGAUCCGAACGAUCCCUUCUGGCGCGACACUGAUGAUGAUGACGACAUGGACUUUGUGCCGGCAGAAACGGGCAGUGAGAAUGCGGACGAUGGGGAAGCCGAGUUGAGCUUUCAUGACGCUGCCGAACGACUGGGUAAUCUCAACGGGGUCGAGAUCGCAUUCGAGUAUACCGACGAUAACGAGGAAGAAGAAGACGAGGACGAUGAGGAUGAAGAGGAGGACGAAGACGAAGGGGAAGAGACAGAAGAAGGCGAGACACAUAUGCAUGGACGACCCAUAAUCCUUGGCCGCGACGAGAUCCUGCGGUUACUUGGGCAUGCGGGAUUGGGACGGAUAUUCGCCGCUGGAUUUAGCCCACGGUCCGCACUUCAGCGGCGCACAUUCAACGACGAUGAUGAAGAAGAAGAUGAUGAGGACGACGACGACGACGACAGCGACCCGGGUACUGGUUAUGACCCUGUCGGCCCUGCAGGGACAUCUGGCAGAAGGCGGCGACCACGCGGCGCAAACUUGUUUGAGAAGGUGCCUAGCGAACAAGGACAGGAAUUGAUGCAGACGGGGACCUUUGGGUCAAACGUACGAAAUGUGGACACAAUUAAGAAAAAGAAGAAAUUAGCCAGUGCCAUCAUGCGACGAGAGUUGGGCAUCGGUAGUGAUGGGCGGCAGAAGAACGCAACAAGGCUUAUGAAGCAGGACAUGAUACCAGAAUCAGCGGCCGACACCAUCAUACAUUACAAUGCGCGAUGCUAUUCUGGACAGUUUUCCGACGACGGCAACUUCUUCUUCUCUUGUGCGCAGGACUUCAAAGUGCGCAUGUACGAUACGUCAAACCCAUACGACUGGAAAUACUACAAGAUAUGGUCGAUACGCUUCUCUGGUGAUGGCCGUGAAAUUGUAGCAGGAACAGGAGACAACUCCGUCUACGUUUACGACAUUGAGCGACGUCAAUCAGUGCUCCGUAUACGAGGCCACCAAGAUGAUGUAAAUGCGGUCUGUUUCGGUGACACUCAAUCGCCACAUAUUCUAUACUCGGGCUCGGACGACACAACGCUUAAGGUCUGGGACCGAAGAAGUAUGGGUGAUGGCCGAGAAGCUGGUGUUUUCCUAGGCCACACUGAAGGUUUAACCUACGUCGACAGUAAAGGAGACGGGCGAUACGUGCUCAGCAAUGGAAAAGACCAAACUGCAAAGUUAUGGGAUCUGAGGAAGAUGAUGUCCAAAGAGAAGGCUGACACGAUUGAUCCGAAUAAAUACACGACGCGCUUUGAGUAUCGAUCCAACGCUUACGACCCUAAGGACUAUAGCCCACAUCCUUACGACUGCUCGCUUGUUACUUUCCGUGGCCACAAGGUAUUAAAGACGCUUAUUAGAUGUCAUUUCUCGCCCCCUGGUAGUACCGACUCCCGCUACGUCUAUUCUGGUAGCUAUGACGGUUCGGUUCAUAUUUGGAACAUGGAUGCAACGCAUGCCGGUAAAGUGAAUGUCCUAAAAGCGACGAGGAAUUCGCGGCCACGCGAUCCAGACUUCCUUGCUGGAACCUAUGAUUAUUGGGGUAGGAACGAGGGCCGAUGGAUGACUUGUGUCCGAGACGCGAGCUGGCACCCCAAUGCGCCUGUGAUUGCUGCGACGUCAUGGAACGGAUGGGGCACCUCACAAGGGACAUGCACAGUUCACACAUGGAACGAUGGCGUUGAGGACGACGAGGCAACGCCGGAAGUCGGUCGACGGGUCAAUGCGCAACUACAGCAUGACGAGCGGUUGUACAGGAGACACCCAACGUGGUACGAAGACAUGAUGGAAGAUGAUUGA